AUGUACUUGAACCCUGGAGCGGUCUGGACGGGGGAGGACGGCAAGGGCCCCGAUGGGAUGACAAACUUCCCAUUCCGAUAUGGAAAAUCCCUGAUCUGGGAAGCUACGUUCACAGACACUUGGUCCCAUCGGAGAUACUCUCAUCAGCCUCAUCUCCUGUAUCGGCCGCGGCUUGAAAACCGAGAAGUACAGACAACUCGCCGCCCAACAUUUUUUGUCCCUUUGGCUUUCGAAACCUCCGGAGCCUUCGGCCCGAAAGCAUCCAAAUUCUUGAAAAACGUUGGUCUCCUUAUCGCUCGGAAAAAUAGGGAUGCACGUGAAUCUUCUUGGCUGAGACAGAGGAUCUCGGUUGCAAUCAUUCACGGCAACAUGUAUGCUAUCCAUUUGAGCUGCAUAAUAAAACGGUUCUGCGAGAAAAGGUUUCUGGCCAAAUAUUCGCCGACGAUCGGAAUAGACUACGGAGUGGACUCGAGAGUUAACAUAUUUGACAUGUCCGGCAACCCUGUUUACUACGAAGUAAGGGUGAAGUGAUUGAUUGAGGUGCGGAAUGAGUUCUACAGGGACACACAAGGAGUUCUCCUCGUCUUUGAUAUCUCGGCGAGGGACAGUUUUGAGUCGUUAGAGACGUGGAUGGAAGAACUACACAGACAUGUACAAGACGACAAGCUUGUUGUGGUUGUGUGCGGGAAUAAAGUUACCCUCGCAAUAAUUCCCAGGCCGACCAAAAGCGACAGGUCGAUGAAGGAACAGCGCGUUGUUGGGCCUACGAACACAAUUUCUUUUAUUUUGAAUGUUCGGCUAAAACAGGAGAAUCGAUAA